AUGGCGAUGCUGGCGGAACCCCGGAGAAAGCAGAAGUGGUCUGUGGAUCCACGGAACAGCGCUUGGAGCAACGAUGAUUCCAAAUUUGGCCAGAAGAUGCUGGAAAAGAUGGGCUGGUCCAAAGGAAAGGGUCUCGGGGCACAGGAGCAAGGAAAUCCAGAACACAUCAGGGUUAAGGUGAAAAACGACGUGCUGGGAUUGGGAGCUACCAUCAAUCAUGAGGACAACUGGAUUGCUCAUCAGGAUGACUUCAACCAGCUUCUGGCUGAGCUGAAUAACUGCCAUGGACAGGGUGAAACAGAGUCCUCAGUGAAAAAGCAGAAAAAGACAUUCAGCCUCGAAGAAAAAUCCAAAUCUUCCAAGAAACGUGUCCAUUAUAUGAAGUUUGCUAAAGGUAAGGAUCUCUCAUCACGCACUGAACAGGACCUGUCCUGCAUUUUUGGGAGAAGGCAGAAGAGUGCCAAGACCCAGGAGGAAAUUCAGGCUGAUCUUGACUCCCAGGAAGAGAAGGAGAGGAACAAGUGGCUCUCCAGCCCUGGAGAUGGUUCCAACACAGUGAAGAGUGCUCUCACUGUCCAGGAAUAUUUUGCCAAGCGCAUGGCAAAGCUGAAGGGAUCCCAGCAGGAAACAGAACCAAAGGUGGAUCAUUCCAGCCCAGAAGCUGAUGAAGCUGUGGAGCCUUCAGAAGAGCUGGAAACCAAAAUCAAAAAGAAAAAGAAGAAGCAGAAGAGAGAUGAUGAGGCAGAAAGGACAGAGGACUGUGAGAAACCAGGGAAAAAGCCUAAGACAGGGAGCUUGAAUGGAAAAGAACUGGAUGAUCCACUAAAUGAAUGUCACAAAAGGAAAAAAAAGAGGAAACAUAAAGAGGAGAAUGAAGGAGAAAAUAUCAGUUUUGAUGAGAAUACAGUCAAUGGAGAAAUUUCUGUGGGAAUGUCUGAGGGGGAGGAACUCAGCACAGAGGAGCAGGAGGAAAGGCAGAAGAAACGCCACAAGAAGAAGCACAAAAAGCAAAAAGAGGAGACAGGGGAAUGUGAGGAAGGAACACCCAGAAAGAAAAAGAAGCACUGCAAGAACAUUUAACCCUUUCAGGCUCAGGGGUGAGUCUGUGUUGAAGUAGGCUCUGUGUAAACACAGCACCAAUCCAGGCUUGGACACUGCUCCAGCUCCAGCUGGAUCU